GGUGUAUGAACAUGCUAUGGAAAAAGUAGGAAAUGAAAUCAUAAUGUUUAAAAACUGCUGCGGUCCGUCUGCCAGACCAAGAGCGCAUUGAAAAGGAAAAUGGUUUCUGAAUGAAGUCAUUACAACAAAAUGCCUACACAGAGGUUCUAUUAAAAAACCGAACGGUCAAGAAGGAACGAAGGUGUCGCUGUCGAAUAUUCCAAAGACACAGCGUUGCUUCUUGUAAGGAGGCAAAGGGCUCAGCGCAAAGUACACAGAUAUUGCGUCCAAGAGCCUUUCGUUUUUUUAACGUACGAACAAUGAAGGAAUGAAAGAAGGAUCAUGGAGGCCUAAGGAAAGGUUGCGUAAAGACAGUGGUGAAAGAGGAGUAGGUAAAAGAGAGAGCGAAGGGUGCUGCAGGAAAGCUAGGAGAAGAAGGGAAGAAAGAUACGAGGAUGAAAACAGAUAGAAAUAGAGUACAGAAGACAUACAUCGGGUGUAAACAAAGAAAGUGUUCAGGAAUAAAAAGUGAAGGAGUCAUUACACAGUGUGACUUUAAGAAAGGGGAAAAGUGCUAUUAAUUAUACGCAACGCAAAGGAAGAUGCAAGAGGAGGAGAGAUAGAUGAAAUCUUGAAUGAUGCGAAUUUAAACACACGCAUUUAUGUAAUUAUAUCUACCUAAAGGCAAAUGCAUUCACGAACAGAAUUUGAAUAAAUUCGACUCAAUACACUUAUUGUGUUUAUAUCGCUACGCUGUAUUUUAAUAUUCGCUUGCUGAACACAGAAUAAGUACUUUUAUUCUAUCGGAACACGUGCUCGAAUGUUAUUCCUAUUCAAAAGUUUAAUAGAUCUUUUUUUAUUUUUUGUCAAAGCCCAGAGCAAGCUUUCUUGCAAAGGACUAAUUUGAGAGUACUUAUCAGUCGUAAGUUUUUGUUUGUUAAACUCAAAAGGGAAAGAGCCUAGAAGCACUUGCUGCACUCGCACUGUUUUAUGUAUAGGUUGUUUCCUCUCAUCUAAAUUUAACGCGAGGUAUAAAUAGCCUUUUGCAACAAUGCCAUGUCAUGGGAAACAAACAUUUUGCUGGCAGCGUUUUGUUUUGUCCAUUUUGCAUUAUGCAUUUGGUAAAAUAUCCCCUUGGCAACGCAACGUCUAUGUAUUGGAAAAAUAAAAAGCGCACGCCUAUGGCAACUACAAUUUUCAAAUUACGUUGCCUAGCAACCAUGUGCAGUAGCGACACCUCCCGCCAUAACGAUCUUCUACAAAUAUCAAUAUUUUUGUAUUAUUUAAUUAAACGAAAAACUGGGAAAAGAAAGCAAAGAAAAUAAUGGAAACGACCUCUGGUACAAACUUUUGGUGGUUAAAGACCAAUAAAACGUUAGUCGAAAAAGUAGACGAUGUCAGACCGAAGAUAACCUCAAAUUCCAAACCCACAGAGGAACCUUCAACGGUUUCGAGCUCUUUGAGGGAGUUUCUCGAACGCGAGCGUGCCUUAGAAAGUCCCGACACCGAUAUCGGAAGCAUUAUCGAGGAAAUUAACAAGUUGGCAGCCGAAAGUCCUUUGGGGCCUUACGAGAGAGACAUGGGCGAUCGUAGCUUCGAGGAAAUCAUGAAGGAGGCCGAAAAGAUCUACAUGGAAAGUUCGAAGAGUUUCGAACAGCUCAGCGCGAGAUCGAGAACUUCUGCCAAUCUAUCGGUGAGCUUUGACGAGACACCCAAAUCCACACCGACUCCCAAAAGUGCCAGCCCACUGCCCUUAGAUUUCGAGGGAGACAAUCGCGAACCGGAUGAGUACAGUGACGAUUUCGAAGAAAAGAGCGAAGUAAACACACCUAGCGCUAUACGAAACGUUGUUGAAGCUGUCCAAAGUGAGACUAAUGAAACUGUAGCAGUUGAUGCAAGUGAUAACGAACGAACUUUAUUCGACAAUAAUGAAACUGUUAGAAGACUAGAAGCUCAAAAUCUACAAUUAUUAGAAAGUAUAGACGCCUUGAAAAAGGAGCUGACUGAGAGCAACGUCUCCUUGGGUAGAGCGAGGACAGAUUUCGAACCGAAAAAAGCACCAGAAUUCAAUGGGGAGCUAGAAAAGGCUCUGGAAGAAUUAAAAGACUCGAAGGAAGCAAACACCGCGUUGCAUUUGCAACUUGAUGCCUUAAACAAGACGCAUUUGCAGCUUAAAACCACUUACGAGGAGCUACUUUCGUCAAAUAGCAACUUAGAAAAGCGCAUUACAGAGUCGGAAAGCGUGCUGUCGAGAUGCGCACAGGAAAUCGACGUUCUAAAAGAGCACAGAGAUAAACUCCUGGAAACGGAGACUAACCUUAACAAUUUGCUAGAGAUUGAAAAGAUGCAGGUGAGAAAUUUGAAAGUGCAAAAUGAGAAAGACGCCCGUUGCAUUUUGGACUUGAAUCGACAAGUCAAGGAAAUGGAGAGGAUCAUCGCGCGAAAGCAUCCCGAUUCCGUAUCCGCCUUAAUUGUCGCCGCAAAGAACGACCAAACCGAAGGUAAUCUAUCAGCGAGAAAAGUACUAGAAGAUCGCAUUAAAAACUUGGAAACGGAGGUGGUUAUGCGCGAUCAGCAGUCGUCAAAAGUUUUCUUGGAGGUGCAGGAGAAGUUCACGGAGAUGAAGAAUAAGUACGAAAGUCACAUUGAAGACUUAGAGCUCCACGUGAACGAUUUGAAAGAUCAAAUCAAGCGAAGAGGCGACACUUUCGACGUGUACACUCAGACAAUGUUCGACGACCAGAAACCGGUCAAAGAAACCAAGGAGGUGACCACACAGACGCCGCCGUUCCGCGCGUUGCCCCCCAAGUCAACCAAAAAAACAGAAAAGGGCGACGUCAAGGACGACGCCUACUUUCUGUCAACAAUUCGAGGGCUUCAAGCCGAUUUAGUAAACAAGGAGAAGGUUAUUGUUAAAAUGCAGAAAGAUUUGGACGAAGCGAAGAAGACCAACGCGCGCCUACAGAAGGAACGCGAGGGGAGUUUGAAGAACAUCGCGGAGCGGCGCGAGUUUCGCAGUUACCCCGAAAAGUUGGCUCUGCAGAUGCGAUCGAGGGACGAGGGGGACUUCGAAGAAGAACUGAAAGCACUAAAGCUGGAACGCAACAAAAUGAAAAGCCAACUAUGCCAAAUGGAGGAAGACUACCAAAACUUGAAGCAGAAGCGUUUAUUCGACUUAAGUGCUUUGCAACAAGCGCACGAAGGCGAGCUCAAAACGUACAUGUCCAACAUUUCACCGCUUCGCGAGCAACUCGAGUGUCAGCGCAAGACGAUCGAGGGUCUGCAAGAGCAGCUGUCUCUCUCGAGGGAACAAAUCGCUAUACUCCGACAGGAUCGGGAGGACCUGAUUAAGCGCGUGCAUUUGUUUGGCGCGACCGGUGAAAUAAAUUCCAACCAAAUUGUGGUGGAUAAUCCGUCCAGCAAAAAGGUUACUAUCGUCGAAAGGAAAUGCGAAGAGCACGAAUGUAGAUUACGCAGUAUUAUCCAAGAUGUGAUUCACAAUCAAAUGUCCAACCGCGGAGGAUGCCAACAGUGUCUUCUCAGGCAACAGCAACUUAUUCUCUACAAAACAGAACUAGACCACCUACUUGCUACUGUUCGAAAUUUAGUUUAGAUUUUAAUCUAUCGCCGUUGUUGUGUUUUACAUUUUCAAAUUCUAUUUAAAUCAAUUAUUUAUUUAUGUAACUCAUUUUGUACAACUUUUUUUUGUAGGUAUUAUGUUGUAACCGAUCUUCCAAUAGAAGUACUAUUCUUUUACA